AUGAAUAAUUGCAUAAACUCCAAUACUGGUUUAGACCGUUGUUUGGAGGUCACAGCUUUGGAAGUUUCUGAAUUACUCACAGGAUAUUCAGCCAGUUGGUCUAGAGAAACAAGACGCACCUUGCUUCCAUUACAGAGCUUUAGAUAUAUGUUACCAUCUUGUGUCCAAAACUUGUGCAUACCAUGUAGGCGUCGAGCUUCUUUGAAAACUUCUCUUCUAAGAGUAGUAAGAAAUUCAGCAAUAGAAAUAUUACUUCCUUUCAAAGAAAGCUUAGCACGCCAGAUUUCUUGA